UUGCUGAUUGGUUGAAAACACAAGCGGUGAAGGUUCAAUCUUAAGUCAGAACUGUCAACAGCAAGAUAUCGUCUGAAGACCAUGAGCGCUACAGUCCGACAGAUCACUGUAACUACUGAUCCAGGCACCCCCUACUUUCUGCGAGUGGACUGGGCUGUAGACCUUGGUGCAGGGUUCACACUAGCUCUCACUGAUGGCAGCUCAGCAUGGAUCGGAGAAGUUUCAGAAGAUGAGGUGACAAAAGAAGCCAAUGAAAUGGGAGUCACAAGGGAAAGAUAUGUUGAGGAUCUUCUUCAAGCACUAACCAGAAGUGGAGGAGGAAGGAGAGGAAGUGACAAGGAGGUGUAUUCCUUCCACCUCGCUCCAGAUCACUGCCAUCUCUCAUAUCAGAAGCUCUCUAAUGACAUCUCGCUGCAUCUGGGCUCUGUGGAGAUCCAUCCAGCUCCAGACCCUCUAGAGCUGAACCGAGAGAUGAUUGGCCACUCCCUAAAGCUCAGCACAGAUCUGGAGUCAGAAAAUUGCCAUCUAUUGGAGGAGAAUCAUAGACUGAAACAGGAGCACCUGCAAAUUCGUAGAGAGUUGGGGAAACAGGUUCAGGACAAAGAGAUGCUGGAGAGAGAGCUAUACUCCCGUUUUGUCAAGGUGCUGAAUGAGAAGAAGGCCAAAAUCAGAGGCCUGCAGGGCGACAUACACCAGCUCCAACAGACAGCUAACCAACAGAGAGAUGAGGAGCAACGGCACAGUGAUGAUAACACAGCUCAAGACAGACGAGAGGAAACAGUUCAGAGCUUCCAUCCUUCUCUGGAGCCAACAAUCCUCAUUACAGGUCGUGAUCUGGUGUGCCAUGGCAUCUCUGUGGACCAAACUUUUUCUGACGACGAAAACGAAUAACUGCAAAAUGCUUCAUACCCCGAGGCCAGAACUCAUCACUGAGCUUCCUCCAGAACUGAUGCCAGUGCUGCUAAUGACUUGGAGAAAUUGGAAGAGAAUCUGGAACACCACUAUGGAAGCGAUUUCUCAAGCGUUUGAUUUUGCCCAGCACUCAAAUUGGGCCAUCGGGCCCCUCAGCCUUGGCUUUGUGUGAGACUGGAGAAAGAGAAACAUCUACUGAGGAACAGUGGGCUACACCCAGAAAACAGGGCGUACCUCUGAGGAACUGGAGCUGCUUGUUGCUGCUUAUUCCUCCCGUCUUGUUUUCAUUAUGAAAGUACAUCUCUUUUUUCCCCCCACUUUCUAAACUAGCAUUUUGCAAAAUGUAAUUUGACCUUCCCCUGUUUUCUUGUUUACAUCUGCCCUUUUAUUGUGUAGAUGUUCUGUGACCUAAACUACCUGAGGGAUGUUCUUCAUAAGGUUAAUAGGGUUAUGUCGUCUUCACCUUCUCACCUCUUUACCUCUGCUACCAGCUUUAGGUCCUGAGGUCAUCACAGUGUGAGCCUAUGGAGGCCUACUCAGUCUUUAUCUGACCAUUUUACCUUUGACUUCUGGACCUUCCUGCUGUCGUUUGUGAUUUUGAUUAUAUCUGCUGAAGACCACGAGCAGCUGCCAUGUUAAUCCCGCAACGCACUUGCUGGUUCAUUAAUCCCCACAGGAAUGUCACACUACCUCCUUUACAUUUCAUCAAUAAGGCAUUUCACACUGGAAAGUCCAGUUCAGAGACAUGGAUAAUUUACCAAUAAGACUACACAGUAUCUCAGUCAGCGGUGUGAUUCGGAAAAAAGUCUGAUAGCAUGCUUUAAUGCAGAAUAUAAUAAAAUAUAAUAACAAAAUAAUCUGUUCUGAAUAAAAUCAGAUGAUCUUUUUAUGUUUGAGAGACACUGUAACUGUUUCAUUGUUCAACCAGUUGAAAUAAAUAU